AUGUUUACGCGCAAGAAGUCGGAGUUUUUGCAUCGGUACAUCACAAUGGAUGAAACAUGGAUCCACCAUUUCACUCCAGAGUCAAAUCGGCAGUCUGCUGAGUGGCAUGCAGCCGGUGAAAGCCGCCCAAAGCGACCAAAGACGCAGCAGUCGGCUGGCAAGAUUAUGGCGUCUGUAUUUUGGGAUGCGCAUGGAAUAAUAUUCAUCGACUAUCUCCACAAGGGGCAGACCAUCAACAGCGACUAUUAUAUAGCGUUAUUGGAGCGUUUGAAAGACGAAAUCGCAAAGAAACGGCCUCAUAUGGCGAGUCACAAAUCAAUGAAAACCAUGGCAAAAUUGAACGAAUCGGGCUUCGAAUUGCUUCCCCAUCCACCGUAUUCUCCAGAUUUGUCCCCCAGCGACUACUGGCUCUUCGCAGACCUCAAAAAGAUGCUCCGUGGUAAGAGAUUUGGCUCAAAUGAUGAAGUAAUCGCCGAAACUGAGGCCUAUUUUGAAGGCAAAGAAAAAUCGUUUUACAAAGGCGGUAUCGAAAGAUUGGAAAAGCGUUGGAAUGAUUUUUCGAAACUUGGCAUCUCUACAAUGAAUAAUUUCGCACCGAAUGCGAAUAAAUUUACAGCAACGUAA